CCUCUCUUAAUUUUCUAGGGUUUCAAUUCCCAUUUUCAAUCUUCACUUUCAUCGCGAAUCCAAAGAGUUCUGAGAUCGAGAAGCUCCGAUUCCGAUUCUGAGAAUGGCGUCUUCCAGUGCAGCAGGUGCUGGAUCUGCUGAUUCUACCGCUGCAAGAAGAAAUACCAAGCGACCUAAGUAUUCAAAGUUUACUCAGCAAGAGCUUCCAGCAUGCAAGCCAAUUCUUACACCACGAGCGGUUAUUUCAGCAUUCUUGCUUGUCAGUGUUGUGUUUAUUCCUAUUGGAGUUGCUUCGCUAAUGGCUUCAAGAAAGGUUGUUGAAAUUGUUCAUAGGUAUGAAUCAUCGUGCUUACCGAAAAACAUUACUAACAAGGUAGCAUACAUUCAGAAUCCUACAACAGAUAAAACUUGCAACAUAACCCUGAAAGUGGACAAGGACAUGAAGUCGCCUAUUUAUGUAUACUAUCAGCUUGAUAACUUUUACCAGAAUCAUCGCCGGUAUGUUAAAAGCCGAAGUGAUGAGCAAUUGAGGGAUCCUAAGGAAGAGAACUCAACAAGUGCUUGUAAGCCUGAAGAUAUUGCCAAUAAUAGGGCAAUUGUACCUUGUGGUCUCAUAGCUUGGAGUUUAUUUAAUGACACAUACAGGUUCUCCGUCAACAAUAAAAAUUUGUCGGUGAACAAGAGAGGCAUCUCCUGGAAAAGUGAUAGGGAGCACAAAUUUGGAAAAGAUGUUUUUCCCAAGAACUUCCAGAGUAGUCCUAUGAUAGGUGGUGCCCAUCUUAAUGAAUCCAUACCAUUGAAUGAGCAGGAGGAUCUUAUCGUCUGGAUGAGAACCGCCGCCUUGCCAACUUUUAGGAAGUUAUAUGGAAAGAUAGAGGUGGAUCUGCAUGCAGGUGAUAGCAUAAGUGUAACACUUCUAAAUAGAUAUAACACAUACAGUUUUAAUGGCAAGAAAAAGCUCGUCCUGUCAACUACUAGCUGGCUUGGUGGGAAGAAUGACUUCCUUGGCAUUGCUUAUCUCACUGUCGGAGGAUUAUGCUUCUUUUUGUCUUUGGCUUUUACCAUUGUAUAUUUCGUCAAGCCAAGGCAACUAGGAGAUCCUUCAUAUUUGUCAUGGAAUAGGAACCCAGGAGGACAUUAAGCAAAAAUACCAAUUGUGCUAUGUUUGUUAAUUCCAAUUUCCAAUAUUACAGGGCUUGGUUAUUCUACAGUGACAGAUGUGAUGUAGUUUUUGUACAUCUAUGUUAACUACUUAUUAGUAACACUUGUGAAUUUAGGUGUUCUUAUUCCUCCAAAAGAAAACCAAAGCACAUUUUUUUUUCUUCCUUGGAUUAUGCAACUGAAUUGACAUAUGCUGUAUGUAUUAAUAUAAUGUGCUAGUUGUUUUUUUAAUACAACAUGAGAAAAAUAGUAGAGUUAUUGGUUGGUUUGA